GAUGCCGCAGAUGUCACCAGAAGAUGAGGCUCACCAAAAAGGGAGGACAGGACUAUUACAGCUGGACAUGCCAGCGGUCAGUUCAUCAGAGGACUAGGACCAUGAAGUCAAUCCGUGAUAGGUCUCUUUUUCACAGGUCCCACCUUUCUCUUUUUCAGUGGAUGCAGUUCAUAUAUAGAUUUGCGCAGGGUCUCCGACUUCGACAAGUUGAUAUGAUGCAGGAUGAAAUAGCAGCAAGCACCACAACCUUGUCAAGUAUGUCUCAAAAGCUACGCCAAGUCUGCAGAGAAGCUGUGGAAAAGAUGAGAAUAAAAAAAGGGCAGCUCCUUGGUGGACGACGGGAAUUUGUCCUUAUUGACGAAAGUCUGUUCCGCCAUAAGAGAAAGUAUGGGAGAGGAAGAAUGGGCGGCACCUGGAGAAGGAGAAAAUGGGUGUUUGGCAUGUUGGGUGUGAAGCAGGAGGAACAGAAGGGAAAAAGGGUCAAGCCAGUGCUUCGACUGGUGGAGAGAAGGGGUCGUCAGAACCUUGUGCCCCUGAUUGCACUCCAUGUAAAGACUGGCUCCUCUAUCAUAAGUGACGAAUGGCGGGCAUAUCGUACGCUAGGUGAGCUCGGGUUCAACCAUGUGGCAGUUAAUCACUCCAGGUGGUAUGUGGAUCCAAGAACGGGUGCCCACACCCAACAUAUUGAACGUGCCUGGAGAAGCAUCAAGGAGCAGGUUUGGAGGCAGAGGGGGAAUCGAACCGAACGCCUACUGUCUGACCAUCUUUGCCUUGUUGAGUGGAUGGAGUGGCUGGGCAGGAGACACAAAGGUGGCCCUCUCGGAAUGCUCCUGCAUGAUAUAGCGAAGACCUACCAAGUACCAAGUUAG